AUGUCCAUCUCUGGUGGGCUUAGCUGGGACGACGCGAUGCGGCCUCUUCGGCAGGUCUCCAGCUUAGCUCUGGCACUGGUGAUUCUGUACAUUGUUAUCGCAGUGUUUGCAGUCCUGAACGUAGUCACAGGCGUGUUCUGCAACACGGCAAUCGAGAGUGCAAGCGCUGAUAAGGAGGUCGCGACCAUCAAGCAAGCGCGAAAGCGAGCAGCGCAGAUUGACCAACUCAAGGACAUCUUCAAGGAGUUGGAUCACUCCGGCUCCAACAACAUAAGUCUCCAGGACAUGGAAGAGGCCAUCGACACGAAAAGACUUUCGCACUUCCUCGAUUCCAUUGGAAUCUCCACUGAUGACGUUUGGACAUUUUUCAUGCUGCUGGAUCGAGAUGAGAACGGUCUGCUAGACAUCGAGGAGUUCGUGUCUGGAUGCAUGCAGUUGAACGGCCCAGCAAAAAGUCUGCAACUCGCAAAGAUGAGCUACGAAAACAAACUCACCCGACAAGCGAUCAAGAAGCUGAGCGGGGACACUGGCUUGCGCAAAGCCGGCCUGGGCAUCGUAGAAAGCAGAGCAACUUGUUCGGUACUGUCUCACCCCUGCUCUGCCACACCAAAGAUCGGCAAAAACCGGAUUGCUGUCGCUGUGCCCUGGCAACAGGAGAUCCAGAAACUGCCUGAGCGCAUCAGCCGGCAUGUGCCGAAGGAGCUUCUCAUGGAGAUCUGUAGCCUGGAGGAUCCCAUCAACUGGGGCCAAAAAGCGGGUGUCCCUACUUUGUAUUCAACCGAUUUCAACGGCACUGGCUCAGCAUGGCUCAGCACUAGCGUUUCAGAGCCUGGCGCCAUGGGGAAUCCUGGAGAGGUGAGGGGCAAUGAGACUGGAGAAGAGGUUCCCGAGAGCCGCGUGGACCGCCUCGCCAGACUACAGGCUAUCUUGGAUCAAUUUGAAGUGACGAUCGCUGAGGCGAACGACUUGGUUGUCCUGGAAGACUACGAAAUCAUUCUCAUCCUGGACGACUCUGGCAGCAUGAACAUGUCUGCGUUGCCGGCUGGUCAGCGGUCCCUCCUUGAAGAGAAAGUCUCCCGUUGGGAGGAGCUCAAGCACACUGUGCAUCUGCUGAUUGACCUGGCCUGCUGCUUUGACAAGUCGGGCUUAGACAUCUUCUUCUUGAAUCGCGGGGAACUGGAGGGUGUCCAAGGUUCUGCGGACCCCCGGCUCACUGCAGCUUUCGCAGACAAAGCCGCAGGCACCACGCCGCUCACAGAAACUCUGAGGUUGGUGGCUGCGAAGGUUGCAGGAGAGCGCCCCAUCUUGCUGAUGAUUUUCACAGAUGGGGAGCCCAAUGGCGGAUCAAAGCUGUUCGAGGCAGAACUGACGAAGCUGAUUACCAAGAAAAGCACCAAUGGCACAUUCAAGGUGCAAAUCAUGGCCUGCACGGAUGACGAGGAUGCAGUUGGAUAUCUGAACGUUAUUGACAAGAAGUUCGAAGCCGUGGAUGUCACGGAUGACUACUACAGCGAAAAGCAAGAGGUUUUAGUGAAUGCCAAGAAACGUACGGCCUUCACCCGUGGCGACUGGUUACUUAAAGCCAUGCUCGGACCAGUUUCCAACAAGUUCGAUGGAUGGGAUGAGAAGCGUCUCGGCCGCAGCCGGCAGACAUGGCUGUAUGAAGCCAGAUGCAGGAAUGGAACAGUGUUGACGGUGAAAUAA